CGCUUCCAUCCAUAGAUGAAUUCGCUGUCAAUGGCCCGCUGGUGGACGUGUUUUCUAUGAAUGCAUUGGCUUUUUAUAGUCAAAUGCCAAAGAUUUUAGUUGUUAUGGAUUUCUUAUAUUUUUUAUGGAUAUUGCCAACGGUGUGGGCUGUCGAAGAAAUCCUCAUGGACUCCACCACAGCCACAGCAGAGCUGGGUUGGACCAUUUACCCAUCACAAGGGUGGGAGGAGGUGAGCGGCUACGAUGAGAACAUGAACACCAUCCGCACUUACCAGGUGUGCAACGUCUUCGACAUCAAUCAGAACAACUGGGUCAGGACCAAGUACAUCCGUCGACGAGGGGCACAGCGCAUCCAUGUCCAGAUGAAGUUCUCAGUGCGGGAUUGCAGCUCCAUCCCAAAUGUCCCCGGCUCCUGCAAGGAGACCUUUAACCUCUACUACUACGAGUCAGACUCAGACACAGCCAACAAGGUGUCCCCGGCCUGGAUGGAGAACCCCUGGAUUAAGGUGGACACCAUUGCGGCUGACGAGUCGUUCUCCCAGGUGGACCUGGGCGGGCGGGUGAUGAAGAUAAACACGGAGGUGCGGAGCUUUGGCCCUGUUUCACGGCACGGCUUCUACCUGGCCUUCCAGGACUACGGCGCCUGCAUGUCGCUCAUCGCUGUGCGCGUCUUCUACAGAAAGUGCCCCCGUGUGGUCCAGAACGGUGCCGUCUUCUCAGAGACGCUCUCAGGGGCAGAGAGCACCUCCCUGGUGGCGGCAAGGGGGGUGUGUGUGCCCAAUGGGGAGGAGGUGGAUGUGCCCAUUAAGCUGUACUGUAAUGGGGACGGAGAGUGGAUGGUGCCUAUCGGAAGAUGCAUGUGUAAAGCCGGGUUUGAGGCGGUGGAGAAUGGCACAGUCUGCAGAGCAUGUGUGUCUGGGUUCUUCAAGCCAGCACAGGGAGACCACAAGUGUCUUCAGUGUCCCAUCAACAGUCGCACCACCAACGAGGGAGCCACCAACUGUGUGUGCCGCAAUGGCUACUACCGCACCGACUCCGACCCGCCCCAGAUGCCCUGCACCACCAUACCCUCCGCACCCCAGAGCGUCAUCUCCAUGGUGAACGAGACUUCCUUGAGGCUGGAGUGGAGCACUCCGCGUGAGGCUGGCGGCCGGGACGACGUGGUCUAUAACAUCAUCUGCAAGAGCUGCGGCGGCGGGCGGGGCGGGUGCACGCGCUGCGGAGACAACGUACAGUUUGGGCCUCGUCAGCUGGGACUGACCGAGACGCGCGUGCACAUCAGCGACCUGCUGGCACACACGCAGUACACCUUUGAGAUCCAGGCCGUCAACGGGGUGUCAGACCAGAGCCCCUACUCACCACAGUACUCCUCAGUCAACAUCACCACCAACCAAGCUGCACCAUCCGCUGUGUCCAUCAUGCACCAGGUCAGCCGGACACCUGACAGCAUCACCCUGUCCUGGUCCCAGCCUGACCAGCCCAAUGGCCUCAUCCUUGACUAUGAGCUGCAGUACUAUGAAAAGAGUCAGGCAGAGUGGAACUCCUCUGUAGUCAGGAGUCAGACCAACACGGCCAUCAUCCGCAGUCUGAAGGCCGGGGCCAUCUACGUGUUCCAGGUGCGGGCUCGUACCGUGGCCGGGUUUGGACGUUUCAGCGGAAAGAUGUAUUUUCAGACUAUGACUGAAGAGGAAUAUAAGUCCAGCAUACAGGAGAAACUGCCGCUCAUCAUUGGUUCAGCUGCUGCGGGUGUCGUCUUCAUCAUCGCUAUUGUUGUGGUAGUAAUCGUUUGCAAUCGAAGAACUGUGGAGAGACCAGAGUCUGAGUAUACGGACAAGUUGCAGCAAUACACCAGUGGGCAUAAAGUGUCCCCUGGAAUGAAAAUCUACAUUGACCCAUUUACGUAUGAGGACCCCAAUGAGGCAGUCAGAGAGUUUGCCAAGGAGAUAGAUAGCUCGUGUGUGAAGAUUGAGCAAGUCAUCGGUGCAGGAGAGUUUGGGGAGGUGUGCAGUGGGAACCUUCGACUCCCUGGGAAGAGAGAGAUCCUGGUGGCCAUUAAGACCCUCAAAGCCGGCUAUACUGAGAGACAGAGGCGAGACUUCCUUUCUGAGGCGGCAAUUAUGGGCCAGUUUGACCACCCCAACAUAAUCCACCUGGAGGGCGUGGUCACCAAGAGCAAUCCUGUCAUGAUCAUCACUGAGUUCAUGGAGAACGGAUCUCUGGAUUCAUUCCUCAGGCAAAACGAUGGCCAGUUCACGGUGAUCCAGCUGGUUGGAAUGCUGCGUGGAAUCGCCUCAGGCAUGAAGUACCUGUGUGACAUGAACUACGUCCAUCGCGACCUGGCAGCACGCAACAUCCUGGUCAACAGCAACCUGGUGUGCAAGGUGUCUGACUUUGGUUUGUCUCGUUUUCUUGAGGACGACACUUCAGACCCCACCUAUACUAGCGCCCUGGGAGGAAAGAUCCCCAUCCGAUGGACAGCUCCUGAAGCUAUACAGUACAGGAAAUUCACUUCCUCCAGUGAUGGGUGGAGCUAUGGAAUUGUGAUGUGGGAAGUGAUGUCUUAUGGAGAGAGGCCAUACUGGGAUAUGAGUAAUCAAGAUGUGAUCAACGCCAUAGAACAGGACUAUCGGUUACCGCCCCCUAUGGACUGCCCUAGUGCAUUGCACCAGCUCAUGCUGGACUGCUGGCAGAAGGAUCGCAACAAUCGUCCCAAAUUCAGCCAGAUUGUCAACACCUUGGACAAGAUGAUCCGUAACCCCAACAGUCUGAAGGCCAUGACACCUCUCUCAUCAAGUGUUCACCUACCUCUGCUGGACCGCAGCACGCCAGACUUUGCAUCCUUCAGCACCGUGGACGAAUGGCUGGAUGCCAUCAAGAUGGGCCAGUACAAGGACAACUUUGCCAAUGCAGAGUUCACAAGCUUUGACGUGGUCUCCCAAAUGACCAUGGAGGACAUUCUUAGAAUUGGGGUGACGCUUGCUGGACACCAGAAGAAGAUCCUGAACAGCGUUCAGUCCAUGAGGGCCCAGAUGAACCAGAUAACCUCUAUAGAGGUCUGACCUUAAAUAUGGGGAGGACAUCAAGGCAGGACCCCUAUCCCCAGGUCUCGGUCCCAGCCUGGUCUCUGUCUCAGACUGUGAGCCCCACUAACCCCCACACCUCACCCAACUCACACCCUCUGCCAGACUGGACAGUUCAGUUGGUAGCUGUGUUCAGUUACUCACUGUGCUCUAUGAUAGUUGGAAGAAAACCACAGCCCUCACAUCCUCUGUCCAGUCUGCUCUGUUUCAUGUUCAGUUAGAACUGCAGCAGUCCCUGUGUGCAGUCAACAGCGGUCCUGAGUCUACAACCGUGUCAAGUCUGACUUCAGUCUCUCUGUGUAUUUUUUCUGAAGAUGCAGUCUUUAUUAACUAGUAUGACUUCGUUUAUGUAUGUUGUAUAUUAUUUAUGUUGACUCCCAGGUGGAAAUUAAGCAGAGAACCUGCCCUUUAAAAGGGCCUUUAAUGAAAAGUGUUGGGAUCCUGCCUAGUGGGACCUCCACAUCAUUCUCUACCAUCCAGCUAUGAUAUUAUUCAGCAGACCUGACCAGUAUUCUCAAAUGGAGCGAACGAUUUGUGGGUAGGCAAUAUGAACAAGUGAAAGAACUGUGUAGUUCCAUGGUCUUGCACGCUGUGACAUGGUCUGUAACAAGGGUUAUGAGCUGGAAAAACAGAAGCUCCUCAAAUGGCUCAUCUUCGGACCAUCCAGCCUGGCCCAGGAGAACUGACUGACCCUGUGAAUAACAUCCCGAUUACACUGCGAAAAAGGUGUAAUGAAUAGUUCUGUUUCCUACACUUCCCAUUUCUCUUUCUCUCUCUCUCUCUCUCUCUCUCUCUCUCUCUCUCUCUCUCUCUCUCUCUC